CCAUUAAUGUACUACGACGCUGUGUUAUAUCCGAUUUUGUGGAGCUUGUGAUUCCUGUGAUUAGUAAGGGUGGACGCCUGGUUCACAGAAUGCAUCCAUAAUUAACUCUCACUUCUUUACUCUUCCAAAAGUGAGGGGAAGAAAGAAAGAUUGGUGAUUCAUCUGAGGUGUGUUGUUUCUUAGCAGAUCCAUUGACUACUCUUCACAUCACAAUGAUAGCACGGGGAUACGUUAUUUUCGUUAUUCUGGCAAAGUAUGUUUUCUCUAUACCCGUGUCUCCUAGUCACGUGGAUCAUGCGGAUGUCAAGGUAAUCAAAUGCAUAGUGGAGGUGCUUACAGAUGCUCUGUCUAAACCGCACUCAAUCCCAGUGUCUCAGGGAUGCCGGGAAACCCUCAUGACUGAUGACAGGCUGGUGACCAUUUUGCGCCACCACAAUUUUCUCCAAGAGCUGCAAGAUAUUGCUGCUGAAGGAGCCAAUGAGAGAACUGAGAAGCAAGUGGAGUAUGGUCCUAAUGAUGAAAGCCAACAACUCAAAGACUUGGAGGGCACUGCAGCAGAUCAGUCAAUGCUGGUUGCCAUGGAGAGACCAAGAGUGGGGGCGGAGAAGGUAGGAGCCGAGGAGAGAGAAGAGAGGGAGCAGGAGUCAGGGGAGCACAACGAGAUCCCUGUCCAGGAGGAGGCGAAGAUGAGCGAGGAGAUUCCACACUCCAUGAUCUCAGAGAAGGAACGUGAGGAAGAUGAGGGCAAGCAGGCCAUCACAAAGAAAGAAGAAAACAAAGAGGAACAAGAGAAGCAUUCCGGCAUAGAAGAGGAGGAAGAUGAGGGAGCGGGGCCGGAUGUUCCAGAUCAACAUACUGAGGCAAAGAAAUCUGUGGAAGAGGAAAACCAGGAUGAGCAGAAACUGGUGGAGAAGAAGACAGUAGUGGAGGAAGCUGGGCUGAAACGCUGGGGUCAGGCCAGGCAGCUGGCCCACAAGAGAGCCGAGUUGAGCGCAAGGUCUUACGACCAGCAGGAGGUGCCGCACCACUCCAAAGAGGCAUCAGAGCUGGGGGAGGAGGUGUGGAAGAGCCCUGAGGAGCAGGAUCUCCAGAUGAUGGCAAGGAGGGACCCAGAGGACCGGAGAGAAGAGGAGGGUAGUGCCAGCAAGAAGACAGAGGAGGGUGAGAUUGAGGGCUUGGCUGCGAUCGAGUCUGAACUGGAGAGUGUGGCUCAGAAGCUGCAUGAGUUGCGCCGUGGCUGAAUGAGGGCCGCCCAUUGCUGCUCCACUCAUCCCCUCCACCAGCCACCAUCUCCCUGCCUUCAAAAGCCAGGUUAUGCCCUGCCAAGGUGAAGUUCUCCUCCCCACUAGUUCACCCAUGGCAGUGCAGGCACUCUCCACUUUGGCUCUCACCCUUUUCUCUUCCACUCUGGUAACACGAUGCUUCACAGUGCCACCUCUGGUAAAAAAAAAAUGAAAGACAUGCUCCCAGUGGUUUUGUACCCAGGUCCCCUGCUUCAGCUUUACUUAAGUAUCUUACUUGCUUGUCAAAGAAACUACCAUGCAAAAAUGCCACUGAGUAAAUGCUAUAAUAAUCAUAAUUGAUAAAAUUAAGAGAUUGGGAAUUGAAUUUAUACACAAUGAAGGUAUAUAUUAUUUUUAUGGUUUCUGUGCCUGAUGGAUCUUAAUGCAAUAAUGUUUUUAUCUGAUGAUCAUAAUUAAAUGAUUAAAUAACAUGAUGAUGUUAUCUGUAUCAAUAUGAUAUAGUUAUUUGUAUUAGUAUGAAACUCUGCAAGCAAACAGCUUCGUGCUAAGUAAAUGAAUCUAUGCAACUUAAAGAUGAUCUACUCAGUCUCAGAAUGUCAAAGUCAUAGGUUAAAAUCUGCAAAAUAUGGCGAUAACAUUAGGUGUGAUUAAAUUUUAGUAUUUAUUCUC